AUCUGCUACGGCUGUUGUUAUAACAAGCACCAACCACAACGACUUUUCUUGGUCUCUACUUCGCAUUUCCGUUCUUUGCUUUUCUCGGGCUACGAAAAACGACGUCGUUUUCCCAAUUUUCCCCGGCGACCGGGAAAUGGUGGAGCCGGUGGAGCUUCGCGGCGAGGAGCAGCUCUCGUUGCUGUCAGAUUCCAGCAAUGGUGACCGGUCGUGGCGGUUGAACUUCGACGGGUUUCAGCUAUCUUCGGAGCACACGGAGAAGCAAGUGAAACCCCCUCGCGGACUCCAUGACUGUUAUGGGGUUCUUGGUCAAGAAGAUAAUAUUGCGGAGUACUAUCAGCAGCAGGUAGAAGUGCUUGAGGGCUUUACUGAAAUGGAUGCUUUAGCAGAGCGUGGUUUUAUUCCUGGAAUGUCAAAGGAGGAGCAAGACAAGUUAGCAAGAAGUGAGACUUUUGCCAUUAGAGUGUCAAACGCAGCAAACAUGGUUCUUUUUGUUGCCAAAGUUUAUGCAUCAGUCAGAAGUGGUUCCCUAGCCAUCAUUGCAUCCACGUUAGACUCACUUCUUGACCUCCUUUCUGGAUUCAUCCUCUGGUUCACUGCAUUUUCCAUGCAAACACCAAACCCAUAUCAGUACCCUAUAGGAAAGAAACGGAUGCAACCAUUGGGAAUUCUUGUUUUUGCCUCUGUUAUGGCGACACUUGGACUGCAGAUAAUCUUGGAGUCUACCCGCACAUUAAUAUCUUCUGAAAAUGCAUUCAACUUGACCAGGGAACAAGAGCGCUGGGUUGUGAGCAUUAUGCUUUCAGUGACUUUGGUGAAAUUCCUGCUGAUGAUUUAUUGUCGUUCUUUUACCAAUGAGAUUAUUAAAGCCUAUGCCCAGGAUCACUUUUUUGAUGUGAUCACUAAUGUCAUUGGCCUUAUUGCUGCACUUUUGGCAAAUUAUGUUGAUGAUUGGAUGGACCCUGUCGGUGCUAUCAUUCUGGCUUUGUACACCAUUCGCACAUGGUCAAUGACAGUGUUGGAAAAUGUUAAUUCCCUGGUUGGAAGAUCAGCAGCACCAGAAUAUCUUCAGAAACUUACAUACCUAUGCUGGAACCACCACAAGGCUGUGAGGCACAUUGAUACAGUUCGGGCAUACACAUUUGGAUCUCACUACUUUGUUGAGGUUGAUAUUGUCCUGCCAUCGGAUAUGCCCUUGCAAGAGGCUCAUGAUAUUGGGGAAUCGUUGCAAGAAAAGCUUGAGCUUUUGCCCGAGAUUGAGCGUGCUUUUGUUCAUCUUGAUUAUGAGUACAGUCACAAACCUGAGCAUGCUCAAGCACACUCUUAGCAGCAAUCAGGAAAGCACUGCCUUCUUGUUUAUUUCAGUUGCCCUUUCAUCUCCCGUCAGUUGUAAAUUUGAACCAUUUCUGGUUGUUCAGAAUCUGAACUUAAGUGCAAGUCACUGAGAAGUUGCUAGCUAUCAAUCUCAACUUUCUGGCAGCCCUGAUAAUAUUCCAAAUGUAUAUCACGAUAGGCUUAUCAGGCAAGACCCUUUCAGAUUCCAUUUAGGGGAAAUAGAAUUUGCUACCUUCUUUUCCAUUCCCCCUUUUUUGUACAGUGCACUCUUUUUACCUUAAUUCAGGAUUUAAGGUGUGUGUGUGCUGGUGUUUGUUAAUUUCUAACAUGUGCAAGUAUAUAAUAUAAUACAAUGGAGUGGAUUUCUUAUUAAAAUGUAAGGAUUACAUAACAUACUUUUUACGGGUGUCAA